GUCUAAACAUUGGAUCCCACUCCAACGUGCUUGGGAUAGUAUACUUAUUGUACACUAGAAGCAUUUUUAUCAUUUCCCUAAACAGAAACCUGGAGCUUGAGUCGCAGGUGGUUUUGUUGGAGCGAAAUGAGAAGAAUCGGUCAUAUAGCUUCAAGAAACGGAAUUCCAAACAAACUUCACGAUUCACAAAGAUAAGAAAGAUAUUAUUCGUUUCCUCCAUUGUAUGCUGCGGAUUACUAGGAAACUGACAACAACUGGCUCGAUCAACAAUGUAUAAAUUGAAAGGUUUGUCUACAACUUCUUCAAAGGUUUCAUCUAAACCACAAGCUGUUGAUAAAAAUGGAGGGACCCAGGAGAGAAAACUGCUGAUUGUUUGUUUUGGGGAGAUGUUGAUUGAUUUUGUGCCGACUGUUGGUGGAGUUUCCCUAGCAGAAGCACCUGGUUUUAAGAAAGCUGCCGGUGGAGCUCCUGCUAACGUUGCUGUUCAGAUAGCAAGACUAGGAGGCUCAGCAGCUUUUAUUGGCAAGGUAGGUCAAGAUGAGUUUGGCUACAUGUUGGCUGACAUUCUGAAACAAAAUAAUGUUGACAGUUCUGGCAUGCGUUUCGACCCACAUGCAAGGACAGCACUGGCAUUUGUUACUCUGAAAAAUGAUGGCGAGCGUGAAUUCAUGUUUUAUCGCAAUCCAAGUGCUGAUAUGCUUCUUCACAAAAACGAAGUUGAUGGAAACCUAAUUAAGAAGGCAAGCAUAUUUCAUUAUGGAUCAAUUAGUUUGAUUGAGGAACCUUGUAGGUCUGCUCAUCUUGCUGCCAUGGAUAUUGCUAAGAAGUCUGGUUGUAUUCUAUCUUAUGACCCAAAUUUGAGGCUGCCACUCUGGCCAUCUGCAGAGGCUGCUCGAAAAGGAAUUAUGAGCAUAUGGAACCAAUCUGACAUUAUAAAGAUAAAUGAGGAAGAAACUGCAUUCUUGACUGGAGGUGAUGAUCCUUAUGACGAUGAUGUGGUACUGAAGAAGCUUUUCCACCCAAAUCUUAUGCUUUUGCUUAUAACUGAAGGGCCAGAAGGGUGCAGAUAUUAUACAAAGGAUUUCAAGGGCAAGGUUGCUGGUUUUAAAGUUGAUGCUGUCGAUACGACUGGUGCAGGAGAUUCUUUUGUCGGUGGAAUCUUGAACAUUUUGGCUUCAGAUCCAAAUCUGUAUAAGGAUGAAAAGCAGUUGAGAGAGGCUCUCCAGUUUGCAAAUGCCUGUGGUUCUAUCACAGUGACAGAGAGAGGAGCUAUACCUGCACUGCCCUCUAAAGAAGCCGCUCUCCAAAUUCUAUCAAAAGUCUCAACUUGAUUCAACAUUGAGGAACCAGUAGGUUCUCGAUGAGUAAUGGUAGAAGUCAUUCUUGUGUCCCUCCAAAAAUGAUGUGAUUUUUAAAAUCAUCAUUUGACUUGUGAUUGAUCACUAUUAAAUUUUGAUCAAAUGAUAAUUUUAAAAGCCACCUUACUUUUAGGACACAAAAGUGACGUAUGAAAAAAUUUUAAAAUUACUCAUUCUCAAGAGGCAAUCAUAUGAUCUUUUACUUGCCUGUAUAUAUUUAUUUGGUAAUAAUUCUUCAGACCAGGGAAAAAAACCAAAUAAAAAA